CAACAAUUAUCACUUGACAACUUGCAAUAGCGUGUCUAUAUAUGUUGACUGCUGACUUGCUUUACACUCGUCUUGGUCUUGCUUUGUCUUUUUAUGGAGCUAAAAAUCGCUUAAAAGUACUGUAUCUUAGGAUUAAGCAGCAUUCUUUUUGUUUUAUUUAUUUGCUCUUAAUUCCUUUGGAAAUAUCAUUGUUGUUACCAUUUUAUUAAGCAACCUCAACGUUUUUAGAGAACAAGUGGCCAUACUUCACUUGGUACUGACCUUAUGAGGUUAUGUAGCGAUCUCUUUCAAAGCUGCUUCCCCGGAACUUCUGGCACAUCUCCAAAUGAUUCAAUUCAGAUAAAGUGGCCAAUCUUAUCCUACCGGGAACUUGCAAAAGUUACAAAUAAUUUUGACCAAUGUAAUAUGCUUGAAAAGAUAGGCUUGGAGAAAGUUUACCAUGGCAAAACGAAUGGGCGUGAGGUUGCAAUUGAAAGAUAUUCCAAUAAAGAGAUGCACAUAUUCCAGCAGUUCCUCUAUGAAGAUUUGAUCUCAAAUAUCUUACCUCAUAAGAAUCUGGUGUCAUUUCAUGGCUGUGCCUUUCAUCAUAAGGAGUUCCUGCUAGCACAUGAAUACCUCUCAAAUGGCACUCUUGCUUCUUAUCUUCAACUUGGAAUCUCACACAGCAGCACACUACAUUGGCUCACUAGAUUAGACAUUGCAAUUGAUGCUGCAAAUGCAUUGAGCUAUCUUCAUUAUCAUGGCAUCGUCCAUCGCAAUGUAAAAUCCCGCAAUAUUCUGCUAGACAAGAACCUUUGUGCUAAACUUGGUGGCUUACAUUUGUCAAGGAAAUUUCCAGAAGGAGUUUCAAUCAAUGAUACCUAUGUUACAAGUGAUGUAGUAGGGACAUGUGGUUACAUAGACCCAGAAUAUGUAUCACAUGGCAGGGUUGGUGCCACAGUUGAUGUUUACAGCUUUGGAGUGGUUUUGUGUGAGCUUAUAUCAUCCAAACUCGCUAAGUAUUGGGAAGGUUGCGAGGAAGAGAGUAUCGCUACAAUUUUAAGCAAAAAAAUUCGAAACCAAGAUAUGAACAAGGUGUUGGAUCCAAGACUUGGCUUCCAAUCAGACCAUAAAAUCAAGCAGAUGAUAAUUGCUGUAGCAGAGCUUGCACUUGAGUGCAUGUCAUCUCCACAAGAACUAAGGCCAAACAUGGAACAAGUGCUAGAGAUCCUCAAUGAUAUAAAACAUGAGAGAUUUGAAACAAAGUCAGAAAAAGGAAAACUUAAGGAUGGGCGCGAAAUUGCAGUAAAACGUUUCCACAACGAGACAGACAAGUCCAUCAAGCAAUUCAUGAAAGAAAUAGAGAUCUUAAGUUUAUUGCAGCAUAAAAAUUUGGUGUUACUUUAUGGCUGCAGCUCUCGUCACAGCAAGAACCAUCUUCUAGUAUAUGAGUACAUCUCCAACGGCACCCUUUCUAAACAUCUUCAAGGACCUUCCAGUGAAAAGUUAUCAUGGCUUACUAGAUUGAACAUUGCCAUUGAAACUGCAACCGCAUUAGUAUAUCUUCAUGAUUCAGGCAUCAUCCAUCGUGAUGUAAAAGGAAGCAACAUUCUCUUGGAUGAAAACUUGACUGUUAAGGUUGCGGAUUUUGGACUCUCAAGGUCACUUCCGAGUUCUGUAACACAUGUUUCAACCAUACCAGUGGGAACUCACGCUUACAUAGAUCCAGAUUACUAUGAAUCUGGAAGAGUCAGUGAUAGAAGCGAUGUCUACAGCUUUGGCGUGGUCUUGUUUGAGCUCAUAUCAUCGAAACCACCUAGCUUGUUGGAUGAUGGAGAGAGUGUUACUCUAGCCAAGUUUGGAAUCACUAAGAUGUUAAACAAUGCAAUGGAGGAGCUGGUGGAUCCAAUUUUCAGGUUUGGUUCAGACCAAAAGUUGAUGGAAAUGAUAGCAGCUGUGGCAGAGUUAGCAUUUCAGUGUGUGCAGUGUCCUAAAGAUCUUAGACCUUCUAUGAAACAGGUGCUGGAGACCCUAGAAGGAAUAAAGAAGGGAACAUGGGGAUUCAACCAAAUAACAUAGUCUUCGUUUCAGAUUUCAUGAGGUUCUAUUCAGUUACUUGAUGGUUAUAAUGCACAAUUUUCUUGCAUGUCAGAUCUAGGGACAAAACAAUCAGAGUUACAUGUCACUCAACAAAAACCAGCAGAGCUGGGUACUCUUAAAAAGAUGAAGCAAUUUCAAUGGAUGAAAUUUCUUCAGUGAAAGUCAAUGAAACAAGAUUCAACCGUUAAUGGAUGAAAUUUAAAUGUUUUAAGUCAAAUGAGCCAUCAAAAUCUUGUCCAAUUUUAUGGCUACUGUAUAUUACCAUGGUCAUGAACGUAUGCAAGUACUUCAAUACAUUUCUAAUGACACUCAAUUUCAAAUAGGACUUUUAUAGAAGAAUGAUCAUUAUAUUAAAGAAGAGAAUAACAACUAACGCAAUAGAAUGAUGUAGUACUCUAACAGAAUUCAAAGUAGUAGCACCACGAUAUGCCAUAGCUUGUGUCUGCAAAAUUAUAUAUUGCAAAUAGAUAUAUAAAUAUAUGCUACAUUUCAAUAAACUUGACAGAAGAAAUAGAAUUAUGCUAUAUAGGAUGAGUUCAAACUGUCAAGAAAGUGUGAAUAUAUAAGAAUCAGGUAACUGGAGACAUAAAUAUGCAGUAGCAGAGAAUUGAGACUAAAUUAUCUGGUUGAAUCCCCAUGUUCCCUUCUUUAUACCCUCAAGGGUCUCCAGCACCUGUUUCAUGGAAGGUCUAAGCUCUUUAGGACACUGAAUGCACUGAAAGGCCAACUCUGCCACUGCUGUUACCAUUUCCGGUACAUCUUUAUCUGAAUCAUACCCAAUAUCUGGAUCUACUAGCUCCUUCAAUGUGUUAUUUAACAGUUUGAUUAUUGCAAACUUAGCAAGGGCAACCGCCUCGCCGUGUGGGACUUCCCUCCAAAAUGCAGGUUUAGAUGAUAUGAGCUCAAACAAGACCACUCCAAAGCUAUAUACAUCACUUCUAUAGGAAACCCUGCCUGUUUGGAAAUAUUCCGGAGCUGCGGCCGUAGAGUGAAACCAGGUUUCUAUGGUGCAAGAGUCUUAAGAUCUCGAUUUCAUUCAUGAAUUGCUUAAGAGAAUUUUCCCGCAUGUUGUGGAAACGUUUUAUUGCAACUUCAAGUCCAUCUUGAAGUUUUCCUAAUAUCAGUGGCAAGCCAAAAGAACAAAUUAUGCAUACCUAUUGUUCUUAA